AUGACAGAUAGGUGGAAAGAUAACGUUAGUCCUUGGGCUAUAGGGGAACGAAGGUCACUUUUUGCAACUAAAAGAGCCGGUCAACUCCAUCGUAAUGGGUUAUCAAAUGGAGGUAUGAAAAUGCAUGAAAACUCUGAACGCCAACCACGUUUAUGGAGCAAAUUAUCCUCUUCUGUAAUAAAUGGAAGCGACUCUGCUGCAUCCAGACCGGAUCAGGGGUCGUUUACAACUGACUCAAGCAGGAGGGAUCCUUCGUCAAUUCCCGGAAACUCAAGGAUUAUUUCAACUGUUGACACAACCAAGAGAGCUGAUGACAAUGCAAAAUCGGAUGAAUAUCGACAUUUUCAGGAAAUUCCUGCUGUUGAUGAAAUCGUACAUCUGCUUCCCGAUACGUAUUCGGAAAAGCUUAUGAUACAGCUGAUAGAUGAUCGAUUAUCAUCCCCCAAACCUCACAAGACUAACUCUAUAGAUGCUGAAUCGCGUGAGACUACCGCGGAUGGAGAAGCACUGACUGAUAGAUUAUCAUCAAUAAGAGACUUAGAACCUCCUUUGGAGGAAAUUCCUGUGGAGGACACUACACAUGAUAUACAGGAACCAGCUGGUAAAGCCGCAGAUUUUAUCGCAAGAGUAGGAUCCAAUCCAUUUGCCAUAUUCCGAUUGAAACACGCUCGCAGCGUUGUGAAUGUUGGAGAAACAGAGCUAUCCCAUGUGAAAGCUGUUAUAUUAUCUAAACGUCACUCACCAGAGGAACUACAUUCCCUUUUUAAGUCUUCGAUAUCUGUAACAAACGUGCAGAUGAUGCGCCUUAUAUUGCAGUUUCUGCAAGAUAUAAUGCUUACUGAUAUCACAUAUCGUGAAUUGUGCGUUCGUAUGAUGGAGACUGCGCUGGUUUAUCAUCCAGACGAAUUAGUUCAAUGCUUUUCUUGUGUUCACAUUGCAACACUGUUCGAACCAGAAGUAAAUGACGAUGUAGGCGGUAGAUUCAUUAGACUGUUCCUGUCUUACAAGGCUACAUUUGGGGCAUGUGGCAAACAGGAUGCAGGUGUACCUACGUGGGUUAACAGCAAAGGAUAUUUCUGUUACGAUACAGAAAAUGCUGACACAUCCGAUCUCCCACCUGUUCCACCACGAAUGAUUUCAUCCUAUAACAACUUUCAAGUUGAAACAGAAGGACUGGAUGGUACAAAAGUACGUAAUGCUAAAUACCCUCCCUUUGCCGGAUCAGAUAAUAACCCCUUUAUCGGUUAUGGUAGAAUAGAAUCAUUGACUCUUUUGAAGAUAUGUGCUGACAGAGCGGGUGUAUCGUCAGUAUUUGACAUUCCUGCUUCUAGACUACGUGAUUGGGUUUGUACCAUAUGGUAUGAACUGCCUGCAACACGGCCAUGCUUACCUUUGAUGAUGACAUGCAUAAAUUGGAUAAAUGCUUGUGAUGACCCUAUGUUCCUCAAAGAUGCAGCUUUUGCGUUACUUAAAAAGGAAUUGAGCCUUAGGGGUGAUUUUGAAGGAGGGCGACUCCUGAUGUUGGAUCUUUUAUCCUUUAUGGCAAAACGCUGUGGCGUUGCCAGUGUUGAGCUCAGCAGGAUUGUUGACAUGUUAGCUGAGGGAGAGGACAAUAUUUUAUACGCUGUCUUAGAUUCCAUUAUAUCAAACAACUUCACCGAAGAUUCUAUGCUUAACCUUUGGUGUCUAUUAUGCAUUCUUCCAUGGCCAGUUUCUUCGCCAGACAGUGCAAUAUGCCGGCUGCUUUCAUCAACAUUUUUGAUCUAUUAUCAGCUUGCCUAUAAUGCUCUAAGGGAUGAGGGACCGUCUAUACACUUCAAAACAAAUCCAAUGGGACUUAUAGAAAAUGCUCUGCGGAUAUGUGUAUGCCGUUGUUCGUCACCAAUACUAUCAAAGGAUGCAUUAUUGCAGACGAUACUUCUUGUAGAACUAUCGCCUCUACCCGCGGUAAAAAUGACCAAUGCACCUUUGAUUUUAUCCAGCUUAUGUCCAUUUCUUUGGAAGUGUCACUUUGUUUGGUCUAAUUGUGGACGUGAUGCUGAUAAGGAUAGCAUAAUCGCUUUGCGCCAUCUAUACAACGUUUUGCGCACGUGUGUGUUUUGUGAACCUUUGAACAGUGCUUCUGAUGAAUUGGGGACCCGCAAAGUACCAAUAUUUCCUCGUGUUCAAUUCGAGUCUGAUGAAACGAUGUCCGCAGAUGUUGAGAGUUUCAUUGGGGCUUCGAAAACACUGGACCCUUCGUUGAGUGAUACCCCUAAUGAAGUGAUAGAGGAACAAGUAAUGCCUGAAGUAAAGAUUCCAGUUUCGAAGACAAUUUUAGACAGACCACGCGGACUUCGCAAUUUGGGUAACACUUGUUAUUACAACAGUAUGCUCCAAGCUCUGUUUCAUACACGAGGUUUUGUUCACGGUCUGUUUGAACUAUCCGAAGAGAAUGAUUAUGUAUCGGUAUAUAAGCGUAUCUUCCACAAACUUAUGAAGCGUGGGAAAAAAGUGUUUGAUCCUCGUAGUGGUUAUAAGAUGCUCCCCUCUCAGUGGACAUCCCGUUGUGAACAACAAGAUGUAACUGAAACUUUAGCCCAUGUUAUGGAGGAACUUGAUCCGACAUUAUCAUUACGACGGCGGAUAUUCGCUGGGUUAGUUCUUCGUCGUGUGAAGUGCCUAGGAUGUGGUAAUUUAAGUGACAACCGAGAGGUUGUAAUGGAUUUUACAUUUCCUGUGAAUGGUUUGCGUAGCAUACAGGCCAUGUUUGAUGAUUUUUGCAAAAUAGAGACACUUCGUGGCGGUAACCGUUAUUUUUGUUCGAAAUGCGAUUCCUACCGCCGUGCAGAGAUGUGGAACGUUAUUGCAUCACCACCUGCCCAUUUGAUGAUUGUUCUGAGUCGUCAUAUGUGGCCCAUGGGCUCCAAAGCUCAAGGAGUUCACUCCGGUGCUGGUAAACUGCUGGAGCACAUCACUAUCAACGACAAGCUGCAAAUAUAUGACUUUGAUUACACUCUUUAUGGGAGUAUUUUCCAUGUUGGUGUCGAUGCAUCAUCUGGUCAUUACUACUUUGUUGGUCGUGAUAGUGAGGGCUACAGCAAAUGGUACAUUUGCGAUGAUUCUCAGGUCCGCGAGGUUAACGAGACGACGGUGAACGACAUAAGCCAAAACACGUACAAUUCUGAUGUGCCAUAUGUCUUAUUUUACCGUUGUGCCCAGGCUCCUCCUACCCCGCUUUAA